AACGUAAAAUUCUUUGAAACAAACUUAUUUACUUCUAACAGAAUUUAUAUUAUAAAAAUGAGCUUUAGUAAUGAAAAUCAAUUAGUAUCUGAAUUUGAUAUAUUAAAUAUUUCUGAUAAAGAUUCUAAUCCCGUAAAAAUUAAUCAUGAAAAUUGUUACGACCCAGAUAAUUAUAUAUUUUGGUGUGAAGAAUGUGUUCCUCGUUGCAUAAUUGAAGGAUGGACCAGUGGAAAUGAUGAUAUUGAUAAUUUUAUCAAGGAUUCGAUUUAUAACAUAAGGAAAAGCUAUGAUUAUCCAAUAUUUCUUGAAUGGGUUCCAUUUGAUAGAUUUGAAGAUAUGAAACAAAUAGGUGAAGGUGGAUUUGCAAAAGUGUAUUCUGCGACUUGGAUCGAUGGUAUGGCAAAAUACAUUAAACAAGAUGACGGAAAUUGGAUAAAAGAAGAACCUGAACCCAUACAAGUUGCUUUGAAACGGCUAAAUGGAUCACAGAAUAUGUCAUCUGAUCUUUUAAAUGAGCUUAAAACGCAUUGGAAAUUAAAUUGCUUACAAGGUAAUUCUUUAAAAUUUUAUGGAAUAACCAAAGAUCCAGAAACUGAAGAAAUUAUGAUAAUUAUACAAUAUGCAAAUAAUGGAAAUUUGAGAAAUUUUCUUUCAAGUAAUUUUAAUAAAAUUUUAUGGGAUGAGAAAAUAACUUAUUUACAAUGUUCAGCACUAGACCUUAAAUACUUACAUGAAUUAGGAUAUUUUCAUAAAGAUUUUCAUAGUGGAAAUAUAUUAAAUAUUAGGGGUUAUUCUUAUAUUUCAGAUUUUGGAUUAUCUAGACCAUCAAAUGAACAGAAAUCAUCAGAUAGUAAUAAAAUAGUUGGUGUGUUGCCAUAUAUUGCUCCAGAAGUUUUAAAUGGAGAACCAUAUACAUUAUCUUCUGACAUUUAUAGCUUUGGUGUAGUUAUGACUGAAUUAUCAUCUGGAAAACCUCCUUUUUAUAAAAGAAAACAUGAUGGUGGCUUAGCAUUAGAAAUAUGUAAUGGACUCAGACCAGAAUUUGGAAAAGGAACUCCUGAAAUUUAUAAGAAAUUAGCUCAUAGAUGUAUGAAUGCUAAUCCAAAUCAAAGACCAAUAGCCAAUGAAUUAGAAGAAAUAUUAAAUUGUUGGGAUAAUUAUAAAGAUAAUGAAAAAUAUGGAUAUAAAGGAGAAGAAGUUAAAGCUGUAUUUGAAGAAGCUGAUAAAGAAAUACCAAAUAUUUCAACCUCAUAUGAAAAAAAACCUGAUGCUAUUUAUACUAGUAGAGCAUUUACAUUCAGUAAUUUGUCAAAACCCAUUAAUUCAUCUUUUAUUGCUACUACAUAUCUUAAUGAAGAAGAUAAUGAAGGUUGUCAAGAUUCUCAAUUAGUUGACUUAGAGGUUCCUAAUACAUCAAAAUUAGAAGAAGACAAUAGUGAUAACUAAAUAAUUUAUAUUCACAAUUUUUUUUUUUUUAAAAAAUUAUUUAGUAUAUUUAUUUUAUAGCCUAAACUAUAUUUUAUUAUAUGAUGGUUUUACAUAAGAAACUUUUAAAGGAAUAUUACGAUUAAAUUUUUAUUAAAAAUUAUUAAGAGUAUUCACAAUUAUUGGAAUAAGUUACGUAAUUUUUUAUCGUCCAAAGCAAAAUUAAGGUCUUUAUAAUGAUAGUGAAAAACGGAGGUCACUCAGCAUGUUAAAUUAUAAAGUAAAAUAAUAAAAUAAAUAAAUUU